CAAACUAUAAAUUUUACUCCAUAAGUGCCCAGAUUGAAAUGGUUUAAGAGUUAAAAAUCAGAGGGUUCCCAAAUCUUAAAACGGAAAGCAGAGCAGGUAUUUGGCGGUUUGGCCUAGGAUCCGCACCCGUAUCUUGCGAUAACAACAUCAAUCGCACCGAUCUUCCCUUCCCUUUUCGUCUGGCAUCCAUCCUAUUCAGACAACUCACUGUUCGUUUGUCAGGGAUCAAUCCAGAUACGUUGGAUUGCUGUUGGGAAAAAGUGAACAUUUUAGUCUAAUUUAUAGAUCACUUUUAGCGGAGAAGUUUGCAAACCAAACUGAAUUACUGUAUAAAAGACAAAAAGAUCAACAUCUCAAACUGGCAUGGCUGAUGAUGAAAGACAGAAGAAGUAUGUUGUACCAAUCUACGGGGUUGCAUGGGUCCCACAUUGUGCAAUAAGAUCUGCUUCCAAACAGAUGCCAGAGGGAGAUGGUGGCAGUAAGGAUACUGUUGAUGACGUGUCUUUGCUCCCUGCCCACAACUAUGUUGCCUUGGCCGGAGGGGGUGGUGAAGGGCGUAGCGGCAUCCCAAAUGCUAUUCUUCUUGUUCAAGUAGACAUCAAUUCCUACCUUUUAUCCGAUCAACCGGUGGCAAGGCUUGGAACUGGUACAGAUCUGCCUUAUAGGAUGGCUGCACAUCCUGGAGGAGAAGGCCUCAUUUGUUCUUUUCCAGAAAGGUGCAGAUGGUUUGAGUGGGAUGCAAUAAAAAAAUCAGAUGAUAGUGCAUUAACCCUAAAAUCAUCCAAGAGAGUUCUUAAACAGUUGGAAGACAUUGGUCAGCAAUUAGCACUAACAUUUAACAAUGAGGGUUCUCUACUUGCUGUUGGUGGUGAGGUAGAUGUCUUCUUUUCUGCUACUGACAAUAUUUUGUUUUGGUUCACCUUUCACAACAUUUUACGUUUGUACAAGAUCUCUCUAUUCUGAAUUGUGAAAGAUAAAACAGACAAAGGUUCAAUAGAACUGAGUUGCAUAG